GUUGUGUCAGCUGCUCUGCUGGAGCUAUGGGAAAUCCUGCCACCUGAAGUCAGUGCUUAAAGCCAAUCUCUGUUGAACUGAACCACCGGCUGUUCAGUCCCAGACCUUCUUCCUUUCCAGACAUCUGUGAUUCCCACCAACUCUGCUGGGUGGCUCUUGUAUCCCUCGACUGCAUUACCCUUCUACUUUUGGAAAUGCCGUGAGAUCCAGCAAGACUUUGAGUUAACCACUUCUCUGCGACAUAAAGGUCCUUCUGGAAUUUUGUUGGAACUUUUCAUGUCUUGUCUGUCUUGUUUCUCUUGCCAUCUGGACACGAUCAGGUUCUUCAUUCCUUCCUUGAUUGGUUAAUAUUUUUUGAGUACAUGCAGCAUGGACCAAAUCAAGGCAAUAAUGAUAUCGGAGGAAAUUUAACAAGACUCUAGAUCUGACUAAAAGAUAAUAAAAUAAGAAGAGGGUGUGUUUAGCACUUUGUACCUUAAGCAAACACAGCAUAAACAGGUGUAUAUACUCUGGAACCCGCAGCCCAACAUUUUGCAGACCUCUUGAUGAGUAAAUAAUACAUAAACAAUCGUCCCUGAGAGCUUGCAAUCAAACGGCUAUUUAUGCACAAGUUACUCACUAGAAGCACCUUUGGAAGUUAGCACCACAUUAUUCUGAAGGACGGUUCAGUCUACACGUGGGGAGCAGAUUUUUUUUUUGGACAGCCCUGGACUCUGUCUGUUAUCACUAUGUGUGUGAUCUGUGUCAACAACUGAGCUUUCUCGUCACUGCAAAGCCACAGCCGUGUGCAGGCAGGACAGGGGAAAGCAGGGAGGGGGGCACAGUGGUGCAUCAUGGAGUGAUAAGAAGAUAAGAAGUCAGCUUUCAGGGUACAGCACCUGCAACACCCCUGAGACUCAAUGAUGCUUGGAUACAUAUUCUGGAACGUCUCAGAUAAGUUAUACAGUGAGUUGUCUUGAAACCUCUAAGAUAAGUGUAACAGUGACUUGUCCUGAAACUUCUAACAAAGGUGAUACAAUAAUUUGUCCUGGAACUUCUGAAAUAAGUGGUACAGUGACUUGUUCUGGAACCCCUAUGAUAAGUGAUACAGUAAAUGUCCCUUACAGCAGUUUGCAAGUUGAUAAACACAUGGAAAAAAUAAAAGAACUAAUUUAACUGCUUCUUGGCUGAAGGGGUGACGUGGCACAUGGUACCCCAUGUUUUUGGGGGAGGAAAGAAGGGCCGCACGCCCUGUGGGAAGGCAGAGGAACCAUAGAUUUUUUUGGAGACAUAUCGUGGAAAGAUUAUUAUGCUGUGUCGAGGGAGGAAAUGACAAGGAGGUUUGUCCUAAUGAGAAGAGAGCUAGAGAACUUCUCAUCGACAAAAAGGUAAGAGAUUUAGAUAAAAAAAUAAAUUUAUAGAAAAUAGGGUUACAGAAAAUACAUUUCCCAGUUAGCCUCUUUUUUUAGGAAAACAAUUCUAAUUUGUCCUACUGCGAUAUAUACACUACACCAAUAGUACCCCAGGCAUUGUCAUUGCCAAAAUAUUAAGGUGUUAUCUAAAUUGACUGCUUAUAUACAAUAGCAGUAGAAAUAAUGUAGCAGUAUCUAAGGGCUGGAUUGUCGUAGACAAAUAAGAGUUUACUCUCCUUACUGAAUAGCAAUUCAUCCUUUAAUAUAUAUGAGAAAACUCCUAUUCAGUAAGCAGUGUAAACCCUUACUCUGCUGAGAAAACACAGCCCUUAAUGUUUGUCAGUAUAAAUACCAUUAGUUUGUCAGUUGUAACAUCUGGUUGUCAGUUGUAGAUGCAAUGGCCAAUAUGGAGAGAGGUCAGUUGACUGAACGUGCUCAGAAGCUUCUGUCCUGCCCAUUACCUCUACCAGUUGAUGGUACAGUAGUUGCAUUGUAUGAUUUUGGCAAUACUUCAUUUUCUGAGAUAAUAUAGGGUUACUAAGAUGUUUUUGUGUGUAGCACUAUUUUACAAAGUAAAUUGUGAAAUGAAUUACGAUGAAUGCUUCCUCACUGUUGCCCAAACCACUUAAAGAACCCGCUGGCCAGCAGGCAUUGGUAAGGGCACAGCUAAUGAAUGGUUAAGUUGCUCACAUUAAAGAAUCAAAAAAAGAAUCAAAACUCAGUUUUUAGUUCAAUGGUCUUGCCUUUAGACAUUUAUUUAACAAAAAAACAGAAAUAAUAGAGAAUUGACAACCGAAUUGCAUUUUUUAGGCCAUAUUAGCCAAUCUGGAAGAAUAACUGACUUGGAAAUGAUUUCCCAAAUAUAUAUUUUUGUCCAACAUUUGCAACUCCCCUGUCAAAUGAAACAGGUUCCAGGUUUAGUAGUAUCCCCACUAUAAGGUUUAUUCACCAGUAAAUUAACCAUUUACUAAUCUGUAAAUUGUGGUCAUUUGAAUACCAACAUUUGAGUCAAAUAACAUGAGCUGAAAAUAUUUUUUAGCUCACCAGUAUUCUCAAAAACUGGUUAAAUGGACACUGUAGGCACUGUAACAGCUUCAUCUCAUCGAAGUGGUCAUAGUGUCUGGAGUCUCCUGGCAUAGUCCUUCUGUACAGUAUCAAACUCCUUUCAAUGGUUUAAUGCAAAUUAGAGUCCCAGCAGCCCAUCAUCCCCUCUCUACUGCUCAUGUUAAGAGUAAUCAUUUGCUUGAACAGCAAUGGUUGGCUGUGAUUGGCUGAGAGUGUCAGCUAACUGUUUUCAGCCUAUCACAGCCUCCCAUUCCUGUUAUGAAAUGGAAUUACUAAGGAAGUUUGUAAUCUCUGCUUUAACCAUACCUCCAGUGGGUGCCAGGCUGUAGAUGGACAAGGAGCCAAAACUGCCCAGAAAGGGUUUGACAUUGAAUGGAGGGACAAUGCCAGUAGACUCCAGGAACUAUAACUAGUUUAAUGAGACAAAAUGGUUACAGUUCCUAAACUGUUCCUUUAAGCCUGAAUUUAGCUAUUUGCUUUUUAUUUCAUGACAACGUUAAAUUCACAAUAUCGUUUUAAAACCAAAUUAUUUAGAAUGAAACACAUGCUGGAUAUCCUUUUUGACUCCUAAUUCGUUCAAAAUAGGUGAAAAUAUGUAACGAAAUCAUAAUGUUAAAGGGACAUGCAUCACUUGACAUUUCUUAAACCAUCAAGCAAACACUUUUAAACAAAUAUACAGACCAAAAUAAGCCAAGAAAAACAUUGAAAAGUAUGUGAUAAACAUUUAUAAAUGAUAACCAUAAUCAGAUUGCAUUGUUGGGCACACCUCUCAGCCAAGGAAAUAUUUUUCAGCCUCCAUCCCACGUUUACCCACCCACUAGUCCAUCCAUUGCAGUUUUACAUGCACUAUCACCAGCCAUGCAUGGGAAGCUAUGUGCAUGCUCUUGACUUUUGCAAAUAAAAGAGCAAGGGAUGCAACAACAAAGGAAGAGCAAUUGUAACAAUAUAUAUACACACACACACACACACACACACACACACAAUUUUACACAGCCACAGCGGGUGGCCAGGCCUUGCAGUGAUGAUUUAAUAUGCUCUUCUGCUCCCUUCGCCUAGCAGUUCUCUCUGGCCAGUACCUCCACACACAGGAGUAGGUCACCAGCCGGGGAGCUCCAACCACGGGCUUGAAGUGCAGCAAAGAUUCACCAAAUUCAGCAAGUCCACCCAGGAAGUGAACCUGGCUAGUGCUCGUUGUCUAGGUGAAGUUGUCUUACUAAUGCUCGUUGCUUAGGGGAGAUAAGUACCAGACGUGAACACACACAAAGCACAUUAACAGCAGAUGUGCAUUGUUGGACCUUGCAAUGUCACCUAUGACGCUGCAAGAUCAUUUAAUUGUGCAAAUGAGUCAUGCGUGCGCAAUGGUAUUUUCCACAAUACCAAGAAAUAGAACACUGAUUGGCAAGAUAAAUGCCCUCCCUCCCAAAGGUGUACGUGGAAAAAGCAUGGAAGAAAAACCUGGUAAAUAUGAAAAAAAAUCAUAUUCACCUGCUUUUUCUGCCUGCAGAAAGAGGUAACUUCAAUGGCAAAGCCAUUGAAUGAGACAGUUGUCUCAAAAGAAUGCAUGUCCCUUUAAACAUUUUCUGACGGAACAUUGUAAAACUCUUUAAGUAAACAAAGAGUUAAUGCUACUGGCAAAGCAAGUCCAAGUAUUCAGAGUGCACAGUUCUCUUUUGCAGGAGAAUGGUGGCGAGAGAAUAAUAGGCAAACCAAAGGACUGUAUCAGCAAUAAAGAACCACUGGAUGAAGG